GCGCGAGUUCCACUCGAUCGUCGACAUGAAGCGCUUUUGCCUCUUCGUCCGCGAUGCUCCAGCCCGUCUCCCGUGUCUCAAGAGGCAUGUGGAGACUUAUCUGCUCUCUUCCAAACCCGUGCCCGUCAUAACACGCAGCUUCCCCCUCCCCUUUUCCCUCGUUAAAUCCAGCGACAUUGUCUGGAGUUGGACAGAUCACCGCCACGCACGAGUGCUUGCACAAGCACCCUUCGGACGGUGUAUCCAAAAGGAAUGGAUGCUAGCUGUUGAGUCAUCAUCAUGAAGAUUCUAUGGAUACUAUUUCUUUCUGUGGCCACUUCAGGCUUCGACGUGGGCAAAGAGUACGUGUAUGAGCAACAAGGAACAUUGCACAUUGCAAAUCCAGAGCAGCCCUUGCAGUCCGCAGGCGUUGGAUUCAGGAGCAAGAUCGUCGUACAGCCAAAGGAGCACCACACCAUCUUCUCGAUCGUCGGCUUCGAAGCGGAAACCUUCAACUCGGACAGCAUCGACGUCGCUCAUCACCAAUUCAACUAUGUCCGCAAUGAAGAAGCGGUCGGCGCACUGCAGCGCCCAUUUGCUGCCACGUUCGACGAAGGAAAGGUGGAGGAGAUCCAAAUGGACAAAAACGAACCUCUUUGGGUGAGGAACAUGAAGAAAGGUGUCCUGUCUUUGUUUCAAUUAGACCUGGUCAAGGGACGCCACAAGAAGCCGGAUGACCGGGAUUACCACGUCAAGGAGGACGGACUGCAUGGUUCUUGCGACACCCUAUACAUUGUGCACAAGGAAGACCACGGCCAUAUUGAUGUAACCAAAGUGAAAAACCUCGAUAAGUGCGACCCCGGAAAUUACGCCACCUACGGACGGCAGAAGGGCACCGUCUGCGUGAAGUGCGAAGCUCAGAGGACCUAUCAACUGGCGGACACCUCCGAGGUUUAUUACCGCCUCAAGGGAACCGCUCAGCGAUACGUGAUCGAGCACGCCUGGUCAGAGUCGACACAGAUGCUCAGGAGUAACAACGAAGGCAAAGAAGUCCGCGUCAUCUUCAAUCGCACCUUGGACCUCGAGACAGAAGGCGAGAUCACGGAGCAACUCUUACUGCCAAAAGAAAUACAAAAAGAGCGCUCAUUGGCGCAACAGUUCUCAGUGACACCCGACUUCAAGGACCCGCAAGACCUCAAGCACGUCAACGGGUUCAUCACGUACUUCGGCCUCCGCGCCAUCAAAGAACACCUUGUGGUGAGCCUGCAAGCUCUGGCACGACUUGAGUACACCGACGAGGACAUCCGGGACAUCGACAACGAGUACAGCGGAGCCCUGUUCUUCCUCAUCGCCUUUCACUCGUUCUCGACCUUCGAAUAUGAUGAAAUCGAUGACGUCUACCGGAACCACGUGCUCACCGCGCCGGAAAACAAGGACAGCAUGCGGCACGUGUUCCUGGAUCUUCUCGGAGCCACCGGAGGGAAUCCUCACGUGGCCUACGGUCUGAGCCUGAUCAAAAGCGGAGAGCUGAGCAACUUGGACGCCCAUCAUUUCUACCACAAGAUACAGAUAAACCUGAAGGAAGCCAGCACUGCCAUGAUUCACGAAAUCAGCGAUUCGUGCAAGUCUGAGGCCGUCAAGAGCCACCGCAGGACCUGGUCUUCCUGCAAGCUCGCCGCCAGCGCUAUCGCCGGCGGCUCCGGCUGCCAGCACGCUAAAGAAGACCACGAGGAGGACAAAGGCACCUGCAGCCCUGAGAUCGUCUCGCGCUUCUUUAACUACUCAGUGACACCAGGAGACGUCGGACACGAGACGGAGCACCAGAGCACAGUGUUCUUGAGCGUGGCGGGAAACCUGGGCACACGCAAGGCCAUCGAGUACCUGGAGCGCUUCAUACGUCCCAGAUGGCACGCCAGCGAGCAAAAGAGAAUGGCCGCCCUGUGGGCCCUCAGGCAGGCAGCCAAGCGCCAACCCGAACUGGCUCGCUCUGCCGCCAUGCCCGUGUUGCACAACACCAGCGAGCCGAGCGAGAUACGCAUCGCCGCCUUCCUCGUGGUUCUGGAGACCGACCCCGAGCUGUACGUCCUGCGCCACAUUGGGCUCGAGAUGGUCACCGAACCCAGCGACCAGGUCGUGGCAUUUGUCACCAGCGCGUUCCGUUCCCUGGCCGAGUCCGAGUACCCUUGCCACCGAGAAAUCUCUCAGCACUUGCGCUACGUGCUGCCUUUGUGGGACAACCACUCGCGGUUCAGAGAGUCCAUCGACGGAUCCUCAUCCCAGAUGUUCAUCUCUUCCGGCUACAACCGCAAGUACGACUACGGCAGCAUGACCCAGACCGAGAUGAUCCGUUCGCGCGACAGCUACCUGCCCCGCAACCUGCGAGUCAACAUGAAGGACUACAUGUCAGGACACACGCACGACACAAUGGCCGUCUCGUUCGAGAGCUGGGGUAUGGACAAACUGCUGAACCGCCUCGUUGAGCCACAGCCAGGAUCAACAAAGAACAUAUGGAACUUCAUGGGCCGCCGUCGGUUUCCGCGAGACGUGUCGGUGGAUGAGAGAGGACGUAUCGAUGAUGCCCUGCCAAUCGCCGUCCGUGAGUACGACCCGGCGUAUGCUCGACUUAGCCUGUCCUUGUUUGGGCAGACCAUCGACACAUGGGAAUUCGACGAGUCUCUCUUGGGCAUAUUGAAGUCAAAAGUGACACCAGACAAAGCGGCCGAGAAAACCACGGGCAGCGGGAGCCGGAAGGUUUUUUCCUUGACCCAAGACUGGACGUUCCUGAUGCCCACCGAGCUGGGCAUUCCACUGUCCUUCGACCACAAGCAGGCGGACUUCAUCUACGCCAAUCGCCAGAGCCUUAAUGACAUCAUGAAUGGAGACAACGGGGAGAUGAACUUCAACGUUAAGGGACACUACUUGUACGAGACCCGGUCGUACCAGAUGUUCGCCCUUCCGCUGUCCUUCACCAAUGCGACCGUCGGUGCCAGCUACGAUGCCAGAACCGUGAUCUCGUGGCCUGUCGACCUGAAGGUCACCCUGAAUGCCGCGGAAGGCAAGCUGAGCCUGCGUCGCCCGGUGCAAUUGCCGUGGAACGUGGCCAACCACUACUUCCAUCCCUUCACGUUCAACGUGCCCUUCGAAACGAGAGUCUCUAUCAAUUUAGACGAUUUGCAGAACAUGCGGAAGCCCCUGUACAAACCCGAAGAACUGACUCAGUUUGAUCGCAAGUAUUUCGACGAAGCCUACGGUGUCAAUUUGGCCGUCAAAGGCCACUUACUCAGCAAGGGCCUACAACGGGGUCUGCGCGACUUCUGCAAUAUGACGUGGCGCGAGCAGCUCUACUACGUCACGAUCAACCCCAACUGGCAUCCUCGUGAUGUCAAGAUAUACCUCAAGCCCGCUGCUGAAGGCCCAACCAAAGAGAUAGACGUAGACAUUUCGUACAAAUUCUUCGAGUCCGGCGAAGCACGCAACAGCCACUUCAACGCUCACGACCAAAUAGGCGAUGAACCGGGAUUGCCGGCUACCCAUGUGGUAAAUGUUGAUGUUAACCUCAAAGGCGAAGCCAACGAACGCAAAACAACCGCCGAGCUGAGAUAUUCCUUCGACCACGACCUGUUCAACCAGAAGCUGCAGCUGUUCUACGAACGAACUCCGUUCAGCAAAGCGGAAAAGGAAGGGAUGAAGGUCUGCGUCGACGUCUCAACGAAUUUUCCGAAGCCGGACUGGUCGAGGUUUCACAACCUGCCGACAUUCUACCAGGGUCAGCAAGUCAAUGCCAGUCUCGACCUUCAUUACGGAAGCAGUUGCGAAGGGCAGUCACGGAUCACCAUCAAGGGAAAGUUUACGCACACGGACGACGAUGAAAGGCAGCUCACUGCAGCAGUACAAGGAACGCCACUCGGCAGGGGACACCCCAGCAACGGCUUCUUGCAGGAAUUAGCCCGGAAAUGCAAAGCUAGCCAAAAGAACGGCAUCGAAUUCAGUGUCGACUGCUUUAAGCUGCUUCGCCACUCCAGUCGCUUAGGAAAGUUCACGGCCGACGUAGAGUACGCCAACUACAAACCACUGUACAAGCGCUUGUUUCCGUUUCAAGCGCUGUACCCUGCGCUUCACCCACCGGAGGACCCCUUCCUGCGUGUGCUGCGCCUCAACAUCAAGGGCAAGAAUGGCAAACUUCACGUGGUGUCGCAAGUUCCUUGGAGGGACCCCAAAGAGACGCUGGUCAGCGACAUUACAGUCACCCGCGAGGAUGGCCACACUGUCGAGUACCACGGCGUGCCUUUGCUGACCCACGUGCUUGAACCCAGGGUCUUUGCCGAGAUGGGGCACACGAACCUGGAAUAUUACUCUUCGCUGUACAAGCAUGGAUACUGUGACCUACAGUCCUUAAGUGUGCGCACCUUCGAUGGUACCGUGAUUGAACUGCCCCAGACAGACUGCUACGAGGUGGUAAGCCGUGACUGCUCACAGAACAAGCGGUUCCUCGUCCUGGCUCGGGCUACCAACAACCCUACGCUCACCAAGGCGCUCAAGGUCUUCAUAGACACGACCAAGGUAGAAAUACUGCCUGGAACUGAAGACUCCAGCCUUGUAGUGAGCGUCGACGGUACAACGCUGGAGACGACGCCUGAGAGGCCCUACAGGCACACUUACCACGACGCGGAACUCUUCAGAAUCGUGAAAUCUGAAAAAACGUGGUUCGCUCUUGUGUCCGAAUCGUACGGCGUCUACUUGGUCUUCAAUGGAAACAUGCUCUUCGUCCAGGUCGCUCCGUUCUACCGCGGCAAGCUGUGUGGCCUGUGCGGUGACUACAACCUGGACAGGAACCACGAGCUGUUCGGUGCCGACGGCCAUUUGUACAAUAGCACACUGGAGUUUGCCAAGAGUUACGUGGUACCUAGCUCAGACUGCAGGCCACCGUCCCAAUAAUGGAACCCUAAAUUACGUAGUCGGCGUUUUUACACACUCGAAAAAUAAGAAGACAAAAGGAAACGCUUUCUUCAACUAUU